CUCUCCCGUGCUCUUCCUCUCUGCACUUCUCUUGUGUGUUGCUCUGAUGGAAAUGUGGAGGAUCUUUCUGUCUGUCUCUCUUGUGGUCCAGCACAGUUCUGCUGAAGAAGUUAUGCUGCUGGACACUACAGAGUCCACCGCUGAACUCGGCUGGACAACAUAUCCUGACACAGGGUGGGACGAGGUGAGUGUGCUGGAUGACAAGGGGAGACUCAUGCGCACCUUUGAAGUCUGCAAUGUCAAUCAAAACCCUCGUCUCCAAGACAACUGGCUGGCUACGCCCUUCCUGUACCGCCAGUCAGCUCCACGGAUCUUUGUGACUCUGCGUUUCUCGGUCCGGGACUGUGCCAGUCUGCGCUCGCCCUCCCCGACCUGCAGAGAGACGCUGACGCUCUACUACAAACAGGCCGAUUCCCAAAGAGAGCUGGAGAGAACCUGGGCAGCUGAGGCGUCCAGUGGAGAGACAAGGGAGGGCUGGGUGAAGAUCGACACCAUCGCAGCAGACAAGAGUUUCAGUCGUGUGGAACCAAGUCUACCUCACCAGUACAAAUCUGAGAAUGCACGGCGCAUCAACGUCAAAACCCGCAGCUUUGCUCCGCUUACACGCAAAGGGUUUGUGUUAGCAAUAGUAGACAGCGGAGCAUGUGUGUCCCUCAUGGGUGUUUCCAUAUUUUACCGUCGCUGUCCAGCCACCAGUCGUUUCCUGGCCUUUUACCCGGCCACGCCCUCUGGGGCGGAGCCAACAUCUCUAGUGCCAGUGAGUGGGACCUGUGUGCCCCAUAGCCAGUCACAAGGUGGCACAGCACCGAGAAUGCACUGCAACACAGAAGGAGAAUGGUUGGUGCCUGUUGGAGGAUGCACAUGUGAUGCCGGAUACGAGCCCAAUCAUAAUGGCUCUGCAUGUUUAGUGUGCCCUAUCGGCUCCUAUAAACCCGUGGCCGGCUCGGUUUCAUGCACAGAGUGCCCGGCUAACAGCAGGACCAGUUCAGAAGGGGCUAAAGUUUGCGAGUGUCGAAGUGGAUAUUACCGCGCACCAGCUGAUGCCAACACCACCGCCUGCACAAGUUCUCCAUCAGCGCCGCUUGCUCUGUCCUGGGAGUACGAGAGCUCAGAGGGAGGAGUGUCUCUGCGCUGGAGGCCUCCUGCAGAUAUGGGUGGCCGGACUGAUGUCUGGUAUGGGGUGGUUUGCCGAAUCUGCCCCUCUGCCACCAACACACCACCCAGCUUGUGCUCAUGGUGCGGAGAAACGGUCACAUAUUCCCCUUCUCAGACUGGCCUAAAGCAGACAAGAGUCACCCUCAAAAACCUGCUCACUAGGGUCACCUACCUCAUACAGGUUCAAGCAAUAAACGAAGUGUCAGCGCUGAGCCCUUUUCCACCUCAGUUCGCCAGCAUUAACUUCACCACCAGCCAAUCAGUGCCUUCGGAGGUCCCGAUGCUGCACCAGCUGAGCCGAGUUCAGGACUCCAUCACCCUGUCCUGGCCUCAGCCCGACCGGCCCAACGGAGACAUCCUGGAGUACCAGCUGCGAUACUAUGAUAAGGGGUCUGAUGAAGACAGUGCUCUGAGCAAGUACAGUGAAACAAACACAGUUACGGUCACAGGUUUGAUUCCCGGCUCCAUCUACGCCUUCCAGAUCCGCGCUCGUAAUGAGAGAGGCUUCGGGCCCUACAGCCACACCAUCUACUUCAGCACACUUGCAUCGGAAGGACAGUCGAAGCAGAUUCAGAAUCGUCUGCCUCUUAUGAUUGGAUCAGUAAUGGGUGGAGCCGCAUUUUUGUUGGUUGUGAUCGCCAUCAUCAUUGUGUUUGUGUUCCGAAGUAAAAGAAGGGAAAGCCCUUACAGUGACCGACUGCAGAGAUACAUCAGCAACAGAGGUGGGGUGAAAUAUUACGUGGACCCCUCCACUUAUGAAGACCCCAGUGAAGCCGUCAAAGAAUUUGCACGAGAAAUCGACCCAGCUCAUCUGAAGAUCGAGGAGGUCAUCGGUGCUGCUCAGUUUGGUGAGGUGUCGAGGGGUCGCUACAGGCCAAUCGGCCGCAGGGAGGCCCUGGUGGCGGUCAAGACUCUGCGAUGGGGAGUGACGGAUCGAGAGAAGAACGUAUUUCUCAGUGAAGCAGGAGUCCUGGGGCAGUUUGAUCAUCCCAAUGUGCUGAAACUUGAAGGGGUGAUCACGCGCACACCUCCUGAACGCAUCAUCACAGAGUUCAUGGAGAACGGCCCUCUCGACGCCUUCCUCAGGGAAAAUGAGGAUCAGUUCAGUGUGCUGCAGCUGGUAGGGAUGGUUAGAGGUGUCGGGGCUGGAAUGCGUUACCUAUCAGAGAGGAACUUUGUCCAUCGGGAUCUUGCGGCGCGAAACGUUCUGGUCAAUUCAAACCUGGUGUGUAAAGUGUCUGACUUCGGCCUGUCCCGGUUAAUGAGGGGCCUGGACCACAACAUGCCCACCUACACUGCUUCACUGGGCAGUAAGAUCCCAGUACGCUGGACGGCUCCUGAAGCUUUCCAGCACCGCAAAUUCAGCUCCGCCAGUGACGUCUGGAGCUUCGGGAUACUCAUGUGGGAGGUCAUGUCUUAUGGAGAACGUCCGUACUGGGACAUGAGCAACCAAGAGGUGAUGAAGGCAGUGGUGGAUCAGUAUCGUCUGCCUGCUCCGAACGGCUGUCCUCCAGCUCUUCACUCUCUCAUGCUGCAGUGCUGGCAGGCCGACAGACAGGACCGGCCGGGUUUUGACUCUCUCCUGUCAUCUCUUGACCGUCUCAUUCGACACCCGGCCUCACUGAAGGCCGAGCACAGCCGUCCCACACAGCCACUCUUAAGCCCCACCCCUACUGACCUGUCAUCAGUGAACACAGUCGGUGAUUGGCUGACAGUUUUGAAGAUGGACCGCUAUAAGGACGCGUUUGAGAGAGCGCAGUACCACAGUCUGGAGAGCGUCAGCAUGCUUACAAUGCAGGACGUUCAGGCUCUGGGAGUGAAUCUGCUCGGUCAUCAGCGCAAGAUCGUAAACGCAGCUAAACAGCUCAGGACACACCUCACUCAGGGACAUGUGGAGGUCUGAUGUUUCUCACAGCGGUGCAUGCUGGGACAUCCCACACGAACACUGGAAAAGAGACGAGGACGACAAGCAGAGCCUUGAGUGAAAAAAGAAGAAGAGUUUCGCUCUGACUUUACUGGCCCAUCCGCCCCCACCCUCAACCGUUUGUCUUCCUUAUUCUUCUUUGGCUUUUAGGCCCUCGUUCAGUGUCGCACUACCUCUCACUUUCUUGAUUCUCAGUUCAUUACUUGAUGCCAUUCAGUAUGAACUUGCGCCUUAAGAACACACAAGAAAGCUCCUUCACAAUCAGUUGCAAGGACAAUCAGAGACUUUAAAUGGAAGGAGAUUGACUGUUAUGUCUUUGCUGACACUCGUGGUCAAGGGCACUAGAUGUUUGAUUUUUGAACAUCCAAACAGCACUCGAAUUGGUUGAUAAACUGAAAACCCCAUAAGAACACUUAUCUAAAAUAAUCUUUCUAAUCAGUUUUUUGCCAUGUUUUCCAGGAAAAAUAUCUAAACAAUGUAUUAAGUG